CACGAUUAACGAAAUUUUUUGGCACUCAAAAGUGAAAAAAAAUUUUGUUUUUGUUUUUUUUCCUACAUCGGCAUUGAAAUUUAAUAAAUUAUUAAGAAUGCGUCAUUACAAGAAAAAGACAGAUAGAGGGACUAUGUCACUAGAUAUAAUGAAGAGGGCUGCAAAUGAGGUAAUUAAUGGUGAGAAAAAACUGUGUCAAGCUGCAAGAGACCACAAUAUCUGUAGGAAUUCCCUUAAAAGGUUUAUUGCGCGAUACAAGAAAGAACCAAAUAAUGUAACUUUUGGAUACCUUCCUACACGUAAAAUUUUUACUGCAGAUCAAGAGAAGAGUUUAAGCGAUUAUCUGCUUAUGGUUGCUCAAAUGUUUUAUGGCCUGGGUCCUAAAGAUGUACGUCGCUUAGCAUAUGAUUGUGCUAUUAAAUUUGUAAUUACUGUACCUGAUUCUUGGCAGAAAAAUAAAAUGGCAGGAAAAGACUGGAUGACAGCUUUUUUAAAAAGGAACCGAUCUUUAUCUAUUCGAAAACCCGAGGCUACAAGUCUCAGUAGAGCGACUUCCUUCAAUCGUUCAAAUGUUCAUGAUUUUUUUAAUAAGCUGGCUCAAGUAAUGGAUAAGUAUACAUUUACAGCUUCUUCUGUUUGGAAUAUAGAUGAAACUGGAGUUUCGACUGUGUUAAAGCCUUCAAAAAUUGUUGCUGCGAAAGGAAAACGCAACGUUGGCUCUGUUACAUCUGGAGAAAGGGGCACUAAUGUCACCAUUAUAGUAGCAAUCUCGGCUACAGGUUCUCAUAUCCCUCCGAUGUUUAUUUUUCCGAGGAAAAAUUAUCACGAUCACUUCGUUCGUGAUGGAUCCUUUAAUUGAUUGUUUUUCUAAGUUUAUGUUAUUUGAUAACAUUCUUGAGAUUAUCUUGAUUAUAACUAUUAAAAUAUUUAAUUUCAAAUAAAAGAUAUUGAUUUUCAAAUAAUCUUAUUUCAUUUACCCUAAUUGAUCAAUCUACUUAGCCAU